UGACAAUUCAAAAUUUCGUAAGUGUGCAUUCGUUGCGCUAAUAUAAUCAUUGUCAUUAUAACCGAAGUAUCAUCGCGGCGGAUUGCGACGCAUCAAAAUUCAACGUAAUUGUAACUUGAUAAUCGCACGGAUUAGACAGCCUGGGAUGUGCUCAAAUUUCAUCAUGACAAGAAACUGGAAUUUUAUCUCAUGAGAUUAGAGAUUUCUUUCCUAUAGAAUUCAAUCAAGUAUCACAAAAGUUACUCAAGAAUUUGCAAAAUGGCAAAUUAUACAAUGAGUUUUUGUCCACCGAAUAUCACCAUUGGUGAGAUCUGGGUGAACCAUGGUACCUCAAAAUGUUUCAUGGAAACUGUGGGCACAUCGAUGAUAGCUUCCUACCUCUUCAUUUUUGGUUCGAUACAAUUGUGGAUGUAUCGAAAAUAUGGCUCUCCGAUACAUGAGAAUUUGCUACCGCACAGCAAAUUAUAUAGUCUCCAAUUGUUCUUCCUCUUCCUGGUGCCACUGCUCAGUGUUCUGAGGGUAAUUCUCCAAGCAACGAUCCUCGAUGACAAAAUGAUUUAUGGAUAUAUGAUUGUUGCAAUGACUCUGACCCUCUUCGUCUAUCCAUACUCGGUUUACAUUUUGCACGUGGAGAGACACCAACUAUUGCCCAGUGUUCCUCCAAGAGGUCACGGGCUUGUUUUGUUGGGUUUCUGGACAUUGGCGUUUAUAUCAGAAAAUCUAACAUUCAUAAACAUUGGACGAGACGAAUGGUGGUUUCACUUGAAUACACCAACGGACCAAAUUGAAAUGGCACUAUUCGUACUGCGCUAUGUCAGUAGUUUGGUGAUAUUCGCCCUAGGUCUCAGAGCACCAGGAAUAAUUGGAAAUCUUGAAGCGAAUUAUCAAACGCUUGACGAUGGUCCAAAUUUCAGGACGCGAUAUUAUCAAGGUCGACCGGACGACAAUGCCUCGACCUGGAAAAAUGGCUGGUAUAAGAUCAAAACUCUCAUGCCGUUUCUCUGGCCGAGAAAAGACAUUUUUCUCCAAUUCCGCGUGCUCUUCUGCUUCGCCCUACUCGCUGCCGGUCGAUUGAUUAAUCUUUACGUACCGAUCUACAAUAAGAAAAUUGUCGACAGCGUUUCGGACGAACCAAUCUCUUUCAGAUGGGACUUUGUUCUGAUAUACGUGGCUUUCAAAUUCCUUCAAGGUGGUGGAACCGGUGGCAUGGGUUUGUUGAACAAUUUCAGAACUUUCCUUUGGAUUCGUAUUCAACAGUACACAACACGCGAAGUCGAAGUUGAAUUGUUCAGACAUCUGCAUGGGUUGAGUCUACGAUGGCAUCUAAGUCGUAAAACCGGAGAAGUCCUCCGAAUAAUGGAUCGCGGUACAGAUUCUAUAAACAGUCUACUCAAUUAUAUUCUCUUCUCGAUCGUACCAACGAUAGUCGACAUCAUAAUUGCUGUAAUAUUCUUCGUGAGCGCAUUCAACAAGUGGUUCGGAUUGAUUGUCUUUAGUACGAUGGUACUUUACAUCGCCGCAACGAUCACUGUGACCGAGUGGAGAACCAAGUUUCAAAGACGAAUGAAUCUUGCUGACAAUGCACGAAAUGCUCGUAGCGUUGAUUCUCUCUUGAAUUUCGAAACCGUCAAAUACUACGGGGCUGAGAGAUACGAGGUUGAAAGUUAUCGCGACGCGAUACUCAAAUUUCAAAUUGAGGAAUGGAAGUCCAUGAUCACUUUAAAUAUUUUGAAUACUAUGCAAAAUCUUAUUAUCUGCGGUGGACUUCUUGCUGGCUCACUACUUUGUCUUCACAUGGUAGUCGAAGAAAAAACUCUAACGAUUGGUGAUUACGUAUUAUUUGCCAGUUACAUUAUACAACUUUAUGUACCUCUCAACUGGUUCGGUACUUACUACAGAGCCAUACAGAAGAAUUUUGUCGAUAUGGAAAACAUGCUGGAACUUUUGCGCGAAGACCAGGAAGUCAUUGAUGCUCCGGGAGCUGGGCCACUAAUAGUUAAACGUGGUCAGGUCGAAUUCACCAACGUUACUUUUGGCUAUUCAGCCGAUAAGAUAGUCCUGAAGAAUAUUAGUUUUGUGGCGCAAGCUGGAAAAACUGUAGCAUUUGUUGGACCAUCGGGAGCUGGAAAAUCAACGAUAAUGCGACUUCUCUUUAGAUUUUACGACGUUGAGCAGGGCGCAAUUAUCAUUGAUGGUCAGAAUGUGAAAACAGUCAGACAGGACUCUCUUCGAAACGCAAUUGGGGUCGUUCCUCAAGAUACUGUAUUAUUCAACAACACGAUAAAAUACAACAUACAGUAUGGACGAAUCGAUGCACCGGAAGCAGAUAUAAUUGCAGCUGCGCGGUACGCAGAUAUACACGACAAAAUAUUAACAUUUCCGGAAGGAUAUGAGACUCAAGUUGGCGAACGAGGGUUACGAUUGAGCGGUGGAGAGAAACAAAGAGUAGCGAUCGCUCGAACAAUCCUCAAAGCGCCAAAAAUAGUUCUUCUCGACGAGGCAACGAGCGCACUCGAUACACAAACUGAGAGGAAUAUUCAAUCAGCGUUGAGCCGUGUAUGCGUCAAUCGCACGACGAUAAUAAUAGCACAUAGACUGUCGACGAUCAUACACGCCGAUGAAAUAUUCGUUUUGCGCGACGGUGAAAUAAUCGAGCGUGGUAAACACGAAGAGCUGAUAUCAUUUGGAGGCGUCUACAACGAAAUGUGGCACGCACAGUUACAAAAUGAACAAGAAAGUAAUCCGAUCGAAGAAGAUGCUUUGGAAAAUGGAAAUCCAAUGCAAAUGGAUGAGUCAAAGAAUUUGUCGAAUUGAACGCGUCACUCGAAACGUGUCCGUUUCAUUCACUCAUCAAGAAUUUUCGAAUUCGGAAACGAGAAGUCUCGAAGCAAAACAAUUCGAAGUCCUGCAAUUAUUUAUAACGUUUCUUUUAUUUCGAGACAAUCAUCCAAAAUUAUAAAGGAAUAUUGUUUUCAGAAAUGAAGAAUUUUCAUGGCUUUUCACUACGGCGAGAGUGACGAAUAUUUACCAAAAUUCGUUUACAGUGUGGUACACGUACAGUCCAAAUUUUGACAGUUUAUGAAACACUUGGUGAUUUUAUCACGUACUUAGUAUUCUUUUUCAUAUUUUAAUCGAUAAUAGUUGGUAAUUAUACUAAAGUACAACUCCACUUAAAGUCGGGCUCAAUAUUUUUUCUCAGCAAGUUUUUUCUCAGUCAUGAUUUUAUUCAUAAAAUAUGUAGAAAAAAACUCAGCCCGACUAUAGAUGAAGCCCUACUUCGACCUAAUAACCGUAUUACCGGGAUCAUUAAUGAUGGUUCAUUAAAAGAAUUGGCUGCAAAAGUAAUUCUAGUAAUUUGUUUCGUAGAUCGGUUGAACUGUGAAGAAAUGACUUAAAAAAUUGUUUUUCUAAUGUAAAGUUAUCUACAGUUAUCUCUGCUUUUUUGUUACUCUUUUUUAAUUUAGUGCAAUUUGUUGUUGGACCAAAGGCCUUUUGCCCCUUCGCCUAUCGCAGAAAUUGAAGCUCUUCCUAAUUAUGUUGAAAAAGAUUUUGUUUAUGAAGCCAUGAACAAUUAUCAAAAUCAAUUUUGGUGUUUCGAACAAUUCUUUGUCGACCAUUCAACAUUUCGAUACCCCCUUGUGAUAGUAUGUUUUACUGUAAUAUUUAUUGGCAACUUAAAUUAUGUUCACUGGAUAUACGCUUAUUCAUUUACAAAUAUUUCUUCUUAAAAAAAAAGCUACUGACGAAAAAAAUUCAAAGAAUUUUGGAAAUUAGUCAAUCUGAAUAUUUGAAUUUUUUAACUCCAUUAGAAAUGAUCAUUGUUUUUAGUGCAACUUGGCAGCUUUCAUAAAUUUGUUAUUAGUUUAAAGAAAUUGUUAUUAAAAAUAGUUAACGACUCAUCAAAAGUGGGUGAAUCAAUCCAUUGUUAUCAUUAUUGUUAAAAUUUGGAUCGUGUAUGCGAAGAUCAUUGUCUUUUAUGACCAAGCGAACGACAUUUUGGCUAUACCCAAUUGCACUAGAUCGAUAAAACUAGUUUACUUCGUUGCAAGGGACUAUUCGUCAUCUGUUGAUUGUCAAAUAUAAUAGAAACAAUUUCAAUCAGUGUUGAUUUGAUAUACAAUUGAAAAAAGCUGAAAUGUUAAUGUUGAGGUACACCGUUGGAAUUUUGAUGCCACCAGCCCUCCGAUUAGUUGCACAAAAUUACUGAAAAAAUAACUCAAGGAGAAUUGGCAAGAGUCGUUGAGAUUUAUUUUCUGAUUUCUUUGAACCGCUUUCCUCAAAAAAUUCCACAGUUGUAGAGGAAAAAUCAUUGUCUGUCCUUGGUAUCCGUUUUACCAACGUACCUACUUUAUUAUGUAUAACAGGAUUGCAAAAGAGUAUAUGGCAUUGAAAUUGAAAACAUGAAUAAACCCAACAGAGUUGGAGUCCGAUGGAUUUUUCACGAAAUUGAAUGAAUUUGGAAUAUAGAACAAGUUCUAUGGUAAGAACAGUUGUUCAAAUGGGGGCUCCAAACGUUGUGUCAGGCAAAUAUUUUUUUGCCUUAAUUUACUUCGUUUCUGAAACUUCGAGAAAAUGCAUUAUUUUUGAAGGAACUGUUUUCAGUGUGAAAGCAAAAUAUUAAAGAGCGUGUUAAUGUCUGUGAACCCCUUAGGAUUGUCAUCCAGGCCACCGAUGUUUAUAUUUUAAUAGGAAACUAUAUAAUUAUACUAAGUAAGAGAAAAUAUUUAAUAUUCGUACUAUUGUACAUUGAAACACCUUCCGUUAAUCCAUUGAUAAAUAUUCGAAUUCAUCGUAGAAAUAAUCAAUUACUUUUGGAAUAUCCCCGUUGAUACUGAGAAUGCUGAUUAAUUGUUAAUUGAAAAAUUACGACAUGUAUAAAUAUAUGUGUUUAAGGGCAAUAAAUUAUUUGAAAAUA